ACUUCUCUCCCUUUCGGAGGGCGCGCUGCUCUCUUGGGUCGCGUCCGGUGGAUCGCCGGCCGGGGAUCGCGCUGCCCUCGCAGGUGAUCCGCGUGAGCGGCGCUCCCCUCAGUUAGGGGAAGGGCUUUUAAGGCGCUGUCUCUGCUCAGGACUGAAGAUCGCAGCUGCGGGAGCGGAGAGCGGCUGGGUGGGGAUCUCCCGGGGAUCUCCAUGCACUGGCUAUGGAGAAGGGGGCGCCCUGGGGAAUCCUGCCUCGCCUGUGCGUGCUGUGCACGGCGCUGCUCUGGCAACUUUGGCCCUGCGGCGCCCACGGCAACUGGAUGGGCUGCUUUUUCAGGUGGCUGGGCAUGGCCUCCUUUGGUGUCCCCGAGAAACUGGGCUGCGCCAACCUGCCUCUGAACGGCCGUCAAAAGGACCUGUGCAAGAAGCAGCCCAACCUCCUGCCCAGCAUCCGCGAAGGAGCCCGCCUGGGGAUUGAGGAGUGCCAGAGCCAGUUCAAACACGAGCGCUGGAACUGCCUCCUGCCGCUCAAGACGGCUUCUAAGACUUCCAACCCUUCGCCCAUCUCUGCGGCUCCUGCUUCCUCCGGCUUUGGCUAUGAACUGAGCAGCGGUACCAAAGAAACAGCGUUCAUCUCGGCGGUGACAGCAGCGGGCCUUGUGCAUUCCGUGACUCAUUCAUGCAGCGUGGGGAACAUGACCGACUGCGCCUGUGACCCCAAGCUACAGAGUGGUGGCUCAGCCAGCGAAGGCUGGCACUGGGGCGGCUGCUCCGAUGACAUCCAGUACGGAAUGUGGCUGAGCAGAAAGUUUUUAGACGGCCCUGUGGAAAAUGUCACGGGGAAAGAUGGCAGCAGGUUGCUAGCCAUGAAUCUGCAUAACAACGAAGCUGGAAGACUGGCUGUCGCAAAACUGAUGACGGUGGAUUGCCGUUGCCACGGAGUCUCUGGCUCCUGCGCUCUCAAGACGUGCUGGAAGACUAUGUCCUCCUUUGCAAAGAUUGGCAGUUUUUUGAAAGAGAAGUACGAAAGCAGCAUCCAGAUUUCUGACAGGGCGAGAAGAAAGAUACGCAGGAAAGACAAAAGGCAGCGGAAGAUACCAAUCCGCAAAGAAGAUCUGCUGUACAUCCACAAGUCCCCCAACUACUGCGUUGAAGAUCCCAAACUGGGAGUCCCCGGGACGCAAGGAAGGGAAUGCAACCGUACUUCCGAGGGGCCGGAUGGAUGCAACCUCCUGUGCUGCGGCCGCGGUUACAACACCCACGUCGUCAGGCAAGUGGAGAGAUGCGACUGCAAGUUUGUUUGGUGUUGUUACGUACGCUGCAGAAGAUGCGAGACCAUGACUGAUGUCCAUACUUGCAAGUGAAACCGUACCUG